AUUUGAAUUAUAGCCCGGUGUUUAUUACAGCAUUGCUAUAAUCCGAAGCGGGAUAAUGCUAAGAAAAUUGACUAAACUAUCGACUUUAAAGGUCAGAUGUGAGCUGCGUCCCCUCUCCUCGCUCAGCCAAGCCCCGCAGCACAUAUUCGAUCGGAAUGCCAAGAGAUUGCAAAAGGAACGGGCAGCCCUCAGCGAAGAUGUAGGAUUGUACGAUUACCUCAAGGAGGAGGUGGGCUUCCGCCUGGCGGACAGAGUCUUCGACAUCAAGCGGGAGUUCAAGGCUGCGGCGGACAUAGGAUGCAGUCGUGGCUACCUCUCGCAGCACAUUCUGGCCGAGAGCGUGGAGCAUCUGACACUAACGGACACCAGUGCCUCGAUGCUGGAGCAGGCACAGGGUACUCCAGGUCUCAAAAUGUCGAAGCUAGUCAAGGAUGAGGAGGAUCUGGAUUUUGAGGACAACUCCCUGGAUCUGGUCAUCUCCAGCUUGAGUCUGCACUGGGUGAACGAUCUGCCCGGCUGCUUUGCCAGGAUCAAGCGCAGUCUAAAACCGGAUGGCGUGUUCAUAGCCUCCAUGUUUGGCGGCGACACGCUUUACGAGCUGCGUUCCUCGCUGCAACUGGCCGAACUGGAACGCAAGGGCGGCAUAUCCCCACACAUCUCGCCCUUCACCCAGAUCCGGGAUAUUGGAUCCCUGCUGAAUCGCGCCGGCUUCACCAUGCUGACCAUCGACACCGAUGAACUGGUCAUCGGGUAUCCCAGCAUGUUCGAACUAAUGUGGGAUCUCAAGGGCAUGGCGGAGAACAAUGCGGCCUUCAAUCGACCGGCACAUCUCAGUCGGGAGACAAUGUUGGCGGCCAGUGCCAUCUACCAGGAGCUGUAUGCGAAGCCCAACGAGAAGGGCAUACCAGCCACCUUUCAAAUCAUCUACUUUGUGGGCUGGAAGCCAGGUCCCAACCAACCACAGCCCCUGGAGCGAGGAACCGGGGAGGUGUCCCUCAAGGAUCUGGGCUCCAUCAUAGAAAAGGGCGGCAAGCUGGACACCAAGGCGGGGGAUUAGCUUAGCUUCAGUUGACAGUUUUAUUUUGAAACGCUAUUGAAAAUAAUUUUAAUUUAAAUAAACAUAAUUCCUUUGCUGAGAAA